AGGCGGCAGUAAGUCCGCGAGCCUCCGACGAAAAGGCAGUCGUAACAUCACGUGUUUUGAGAGAGAGAGAGAGAGAGAGAAAAAAUAUAUAUACAAAAACAGAGGAGUCAACGGAUAAGACAAAUCACUGGGUGUGUGCCAUCGGCUGGAAGAUAUGCAUCCGACGUCUCCGGCCGAAUUCAACUGAGCCGGUGAACAAUUGCAUGAACCAUGGCUGACAGCGAAGGAGGAUCCGAACAGGAUGACGUUUCCUUCUUGCGUACGGAAGACAUGGUUUGUCUAUCCUGUACAGCAACAGGGGAGAGAGUCUGCUUGGCUGCUGAAGGAUUUGGUAACAGGCAUUGUUUUCUGGAAAAUAUAGCUGAUAAGAAUAUCCCUCCAGAUUUAUCAACAUGUGUAUUUGUGAUAGAACAGGCACUUUCAGUCAGAGCUCUCCAAGAGUUGGUCACCGCGGCUGGAACAGAAGAGGCUCAGGAUUCUUUAGGGAAAGGAACAGGCUCCGGUCAUAGAACUUUGCUGUAUGGUAAUGCUAUUUUACUGAGACAUCAAAACAGUUCCAUGUACCUGGCUUGCCUAUCAACAAGUUCAUCCCAUGAUAAGUUAUCAUUUGAUGUUGGUCUUCAAGAACAUUCCCAAGGAGAGGCUUGCUGGUGGACUGUUCACCCAGCUUCAAAACAGAGAUCAGAAGGUGAGAAAGUCAGAGUAGGUGACGAUCUAAUUUUGGUAUCAGUGGCGACAGAAAGAUACCUGCAUACGACAAAAGAAAAUGACCAGUCAAUUGUAAACGCUUCAUUUCAUGUUACACAUUGGUCAGUUCAACCGUAUGGAACGGGCAUUAGUAAAAUGAAAUAUGUUGGUUAUGUUUUUGGCGGCGAUGUCUUAAGAUUUUUUCACGGAGGAGAUGAAUGUUUAACAAUCCCUUCGACAUGGUCUUCAGAAGCUGGGCAAAACGUUGUGGUUUAUGAAGGUGGUAGUGUUCUAAGCCAAGCCAGAUCGCUAUGGAGGCUGGAACUGGCAAGGACAAAAUGGGCCGGAGGGUUUAUCAAUUGGUACCAUCCGAUGAGAAUUCGACAUCUGACCACUGGGCGAUAUUUGGGCGUUAAUGAAGCCAACGAGUUACAUUUAGUAACACGUGAUGAAGCAACAACUGCCUUAUCAACUUUUAUUUUGCGACAAGAGAAAGACGAUCAAAAAGUUGUCAUGGAAGACAAAGAUCUCGAAGUAAUCGGUGCGCCAAUUAUAAAGUACGGUGACAGUACUGUUCUUGUUCAACAUUCAGAAAGUGGAUUAUGGGUCACAUACAAGUCAUUCGAGACGAAGAAAAAAGGCGUAGGAAAAGUAGAGGAAAAACAAGCAGUUCUUCAUGAAGAAGGGAAAAUGGACGACGGUUUGGACUUCAGCAGAAGUCAAGAGGAAGAGUCAAGAACUGCAAGAGUCAUUAGGAAGUGUUCAUCUCUUUUUACACAAUUUAUCAAAGGGCUGGAAGAGUUGCAAUUGAACCGUAGACAUUCCCUCUUCUGCGCCACCGUGAAUCUUAACGAAAUGGUCAUGUGUUUAGAAGAUUUAAUCAAUUACUUUGCUCAACCUGAAGAAGACAUGGAACACGAAGAAAAGCAAAAUAAGCUAAGGGCUCUUAGAAACAGGCAGGAUCUAUUUCAAGAGGAGGGCAUCCUCAAUCUGAUCCUUGAAGCUAUCGACAAAAUCAACAUUAUAACAUCGCAAGGGUUUUUGGUCAAUUUGGCUGGUGACGAAUCUGGACAAAGUUGGGAUAUCAUUUCAGGCUAUUUGUACCAGCUCUUAGCUGCUAUCAUAAAGGGAAAUCAUACCAAUUGUGCACAAUUUGCCAACACAAACAGACUCAACUGGCUUUUCAGCCGACUUGGCUCUCAAGCCUCCAGCGAAGGUACUGGAAUGUUGGAUGUACUUCACUGUGUCCUUAUUGAUUCACCAGAAGCUCUGAACAUGAUGAGAGAUGAACAUAUAAAAGUUAUCAUUUCUCUUCUUGAGAAACAUGGAAGGGAUCCAAAAGUACUCGACGUCCUCUGUUCACUUUGUGUGGGUAAUGGUGUCGCCGUGAGGAGUUCACAAAACAAUAUAUGCGACUUCUUACUUCCUGGGAAGAAUCUCUUGCUUCAAACACAGCUUGUCGACCAUGUAGCCAGUGUCCGUCCAAACAUAUUUGUCGGGAGAGUUGAAGGAUCAGCGGUGUAUCAAAAAUGGUAUUUUGAAGUGACACUUGACCACAUGGAACAAAUGACACACAUGACACCGCAUUUGCGCAUCGGCUGGGCGAACACUGCUGGGUAUGUUCCUUACCCUGGAGGAGGAGAAAAAUGGGGUGGCAACGGUGUUGGUGAUGACUUGUACUCAUUCGGUUUCGACGGAUUUGCCUUAUGGACUGGUGGAAGAAGUACCGUCGUAAGUCAACUUGCUCAAGGACCACCUUACAUCAAAAAAGGAGAUGUUAUUGGCUGUGCUCUUGAUCUCACUGUUCCUAUUAUAACAUUUACGUUCAAUGGCCAUGCUAUUAAAGGUUCAUUUAGAAAUUUUAAUCUUGAAGGGAUGUUUUUCCCAGUAAUCAGUUGUUCAUCGAAAUUAAGUUGUCGAUUUCUGCUUGGUGGUGAUCAUGGGAGACUUAAAUAUGUGCCUCCUGAGGAGUUUUCUCCAUUAGUUGAAAGUCUUCAGCCGCAGCAAAUUCUUUCUAUUGAUCCAUGCUUUUACUUUGGCAAUCUGAACAAAUGUGUUUUGUCUGGCCCUUACACCAUCGAAGACGAUACUGCCUUUGUUCCUAUCCCAGUUGACACUACAAUGAUAACACUCCCAAACCAUGUUGAAACAAUUCGAGAUCGUUUGGCAGAAAACAUUCAUGAAAUGUGGGCUAUGAACAAGAUCGAAGCUGGAUGGAUUUUUGGUGAAAAUAGAGAUGACAUCAGGAGGAUACAUCCAUGCCUUGUACAGUUUGACAAACUCCCUGCUGCAGAAAAAAGAUACGAUACCCAAUUAGCUGUGCAAACUUUGAAAACAAUAGUAGCAUUAGGAUAUCACAUCAGCGUCGACAAGCCGCCAUCACGUAUAAAAAACAUCCGUCUUCCAAAUGAGCCAUUUAUGCAACCGAACGGAUACAAACCAGCCCCUCUUGAUUUAAGCGCGAUAACUCUAACUCCAAAAAUGGAAGAACUGGUUGACCAGUUAGCUGAGAACACGCACAAUCUCUGGGCCAAGGAAAGAAUCCAACAAGGAUGGACAUACGGCCUAAAUGAAGAUCCUGACUAUUGCAGAAGUCCACAUUUAGUGCCUUAUUCCAAAGUAGAUGAAUUGAUCAAAAAAGCCAACAGAGAUACUGCCAGUGAAACUGUAAGAACUUUGCUUGUCUAUGGAUACAAUUUAGAUCCACCAACUGGAGAACAAACAGAAGCUUUGUUGGCCGAGGCGAGCCGCUUGAAACAUCAAGCUUUUAGAACAUACAGAGCAGAAAAAACUUAUGCAGUUAAUAGCGGCAAAUGGUACUUCGAGUUUGAAAUUCUAACAGCUGGACCGAUGAAAGUUGGUUGGGCUACGUCGGAUUACUGUCCCGGAUCACAACUUGGAAGCGAUGAAAACUCUUGGGCUUUUGAUGGUUACAAUGAAGAAAAAAUUUCUUCAGGUGUAGCAGAAUCGUUUGGUCGACAAUGGACAGUCGGUGAUGUUGUAGGAGUUUUCCUGGAUCUUUUAGACCACACUAUUAGCUUUUCAUUAAAUGGUGAACUUCUUAUGGACACAUUAGGAGGAGAGACAUCGUUUUCCGACGUCCAGGGUGAAGGGUUUGUGCCAGCUUUUACUCUCAGCGUUGGGCAGAAGGCAAAGCUGACUUUCGGCCAGGACGUGAACGCACUAAAGUAUUUUACAACAUGUGGACUUCAAGAGGGCUAUGAGCCUUUUUGUGUGAACAUGAACCGUGCUGUGACAUAUUGGUACACCAAGGACCAGCCGAUCUUUGAAAAUACCGACGACUAUGCCGAUACGAGAAUUGAUGUCACACGUAUCCCUCCUGGGUCGGAUUCUCCACCUUGCCUCAAAAUCAGCCACAACACUUUCGAGACCAUGGAAAAGGCCAACUGGGAGUUCUUGCGUCUUUCCCUACCUGUCAUAUGCGAGUCUUCUUUCAUCGACGAAACAGAAAAGAUGAGACGUUGGCAGGAAAUUCGAAUUAGACAACAUCGCCUCCUUGCCGAACAAGAGCAGACGACCCCAGCUCAUAUUGAGCAAAUAAUGAAAUCUGGAUUUAGUAUGAGUGAUAUCAAAGGUUUACAAAGAGGAUAUUCUGAAGAUGCAGUUGAAGCUGAUGAAGUUAUCGGACCGAGUUCUUCUCCCAUGAUGAAAUCAAAACUCAAGUCAACACCAUCCAGACCACCUAGGAAGGGUUCACUUUCCAGACAGGAAGAUAUGACUCACUUGAAUGGAACUUUAGAAUCAGGCUUAGGAGCGAUGAACAGAUCGACAAGUGAACUCGACUUUAAUCGUUACAAUGGGGAAAUCUCAGAUGGAAAGGAUGACAAGAAAAAACGUGGAAGAUCCCCGUUUAGGUUUUUCUCGCGUAAAAGAGAUGCAAGUGGCGAAAGAGGGAAGAAAGGUAGAACUCCCGAGCCAGCUUCUAAUAAUCUGUUGGAACCGCCAAGGACACCACAGAUGCAGAGGGGUGGAAGCCUGAUAAGAACACCUACAAAAGCUCUUGCUGAUGUCAAACCACCGUCUCCUAUGGCAGACCGAGGGGGACCAAAAACAAUGUCCGUCCCACAAGGAUCAGGAGUCGAAUCCAUCGGAAACGAGAUUUAUGAUGCUGAAUGCUUAAAACUUAUUAACGAAUAUUACUAUGCCGUGAGAAUAUUCCCAGGACAAGACCCAACUCAUGUUUAUGUCGGAUGGGUGACAACGCAGUUUCACCUUCACAGCAAUGACUUCAGCCAGAGCAAAGUCCUGAAAAGCACAGUGUCUGUCGAAGAUGACUACAACCGCAUUAUCGAGAGUAUCGAAAGGCAGAGCUGUUACAUGCUCAGGGCCGAUGAACUUUACAACGAAGUCACUCAAGAUGCAUCAGGAAAAGUGGCUUCUCAAGGCAUGACCAUUGGAUGUUCCAUCGAUACGGCUACUGGCUACAUGACCUUCACCUGUGAAGGAAAAGAAACAAAACACAAGUACAAGAUGGAACCAGACACCAAACUAUUCCCAGCAAUUUUUGUUGAAGCGACAAGCAAAGAAAUCCUUCAGAUCGAGCUUGGAAGGACACCCACAACUUUGCCCCUUUCGGCAGCUGUACUUCGCAAUUCCGAACGGCAUGUGAUUCCACAGUUUCCCCCAAGGAUGAAAGUACAGUGUCUGAUUCCACAUCAAUGGGCGAGAGUGCCGAACAUUUCUCUGCAGGUCCACGCUCUCAAACUGUCCGAUAUCAGGGGUUGGAGUAUGCUCUGUGAAGACCCAAUUUCAAUGCUCGCGCUUCACAUCCCCGAAGAGGAUAGGUGCAUUGAUAUUCUCGAGCUGAUCGAAAUGGAAAAACUUUUGUCAUUCCAUGCCCACACUUUGACACUUUAUGCGGCUUUGUGUUACCAAUCGAAUUACAGAGCAGCACAUGCACUUUGCCAACAUGUAGAUCAGAAACAGCUCCAGUAUGCCAUCAGAUCUGAAUACAUGUCUGGACCACUGAGAUUGGGCUUUUAUGACCUGUUGAUUGCCCUCCAUAUCGAAUCUCAUGCAACAACAAUGGAAAUUUGUAAAAAUGAGUUUAUUAUUCCACUUGGGCCUGAGUUGAAGGAGCUUUACGAAGACCCAGAAAUGGGGCACAGCUUGAGAUCCUUGCAAAUGGUGUCAGUUCUUCCCCAGAUGAAAAUGACGGAUAUAAAUGAACCCAUUGAGAGCAUUAAUACGCUGUACAGCCCUUAUUUCCCUCUUGAUGCUGUCAGGGAUUAUGUUAUGUUGGCUGUGCAAGAAGCGGUCGAGAUAAACCAACUUCACAUCAGAGAUCCUGUUGGAGGCUCAAAUGAAAAUCUUUUCUUACCACUUUUGAAGCUGGCUGACAGGCUGCUUUUAGUAGGAAUGCUCAGGGAUGAAGAUGUGAUAAAACUUCUGAUAAUGUUCGAUCCUGAAACCUGGGAUCCAAAUUUUGAAAAAGAUGGAAAGGAUGAACACAGAAAGGGUCUUCUUCAAAUGAAAAUGGCCGAAGGGGCUAAACUUCAGAUGUGCUAUUUGUUACAACACUUGUGCGACAUUCAGUUGAGACAUCGGGUUGAAGACAUUAUUAAUUUCAGCCAUGAUUACGUCGCAGACAUUCAAACUGAUCAGUUGAGAAGAUACAUUGAAAUCAAACAGACAGAUCUACCAGCGUCAGUAGCGGCGAAAAAGACAAGAGAGUUCCGUUGUCCUCCUAGGGAACAGAUGAAUGCAAUUAUUUGUUUCAAAAACCUGGACGAAGAUGACAGCGAAAGUUGCCCAUGUGGUCCCGAAUUAAGGGAAAGAUUGAAUUCUUUCCAUUCUGGGCUUAUGCAGAAAGUAUCAUUGGUUGCUUUACAAGAACCUGAAGAGGAAGGUCCAACUGAAGAAGAGAAACCGAACAUGUUUCGAAAAUUGUACAAUUUCAUUAACGCCGUGAAAGAGCUCGAUGUUCCACCAAAGAUCAUUGAAGAGCCUGAAAAGAAAACUCCCGAAGAGAUAUUUCGCAAAGUACUUAUAAGCACAAUCGUCAGAUGGGCUGAAGAAUCACAGAUUGAAACACCAAAAUUGGUUAGGGAAAUGUUCAGUCUACUAGUCAGGCAGUACGAUAGUGUGGGAGAACUUCAAAGAUCAUUGGGAAAGACCUACGUUAUUAACUAUAAGACCAAAGAUGAUGUUGCUUUGAUGUGGAUUGGCCUGAGUCAGAUAAGGGCACUUCUACCUGUGCAGAUGUCUCAAGAGGAAGAAGGCUUGAUGAGAAUGCGUUUAUGGAAGCUUGUGAACAACCAUACUUUCUUCCAACACCCUGAUCUAAUUCGAGUUCUUAGGGUGCACGAGAACGUUAUGGCUGUAAUGAUCAAUACACUGGGCAGGAGAUCACAAGCUCAAUCGGAUGCACCUCAAGGCGGACAAGAAGGCGAGCCUGUGGCUAAAGAGAAGGAUACUUCUCAUGAAAUGGUUGUGGCGUGUUGUCGUUUCCUUUGUUAUUUCUGCAGAACGUCAAGGCAGAACCAAAAGGCUAUGUUUGACCAUUUGACUUUCCUCCUUGAAAACAGUAAUAUCCUGCUCUCGAGACCUUCUCUCAGAGGUAGUACACCACUCGACGUUGCUUAUUCCUCUCUUAUGGAAAACACAGAACUCGCUCUUGCACUCAGAGAACAUUAUUUAGAGAAAAUAGCUAUUUAUCUGAGUCGUUGCGGUCUCCAAUCGAAUUCAGAGUUGGUUGAAAAAGGAUAUCCCGAUCUUGGUUGGGAUCCUGUUGAGGGUGAAAGGUAUCUGGAUUUCUUACGCUUCUGUGUCUGGGUCAAUGGUGAAAGUGUGGAAGAAAACGCAAACUUGGUGAUCAGACUUCUAAUCAGGCGGCCUGAAUGUCUUGGACCGGCUUUGAGGGGUGAAGGUGAGGGUCUGCUGAGAGCGAUUAUUGAUGCUAACAAGAUGUCAGAAAGAAUAGCAGACAGAAGAAAAGUAAUGGAUGAAGCUGAAGGAACCACAUUAGGCUUGCAGUUCGAACAUCCUUUGCCCGAAUCUGACGAUGAUGAAGACUACAUCGACACUGGAGCUGCGAUUUUAGCCUUUUACUGUACGCUUGUUGACCUACUCGGAAGAUGUGCACCUGAUGUUUCCGUCAUUGCACAGGGAAAGAAUGAGUCUUUGAGAGCCAGGGCAAUUCUGAGAUCACUGGUUCCGCUUGAAGAUUUAUCAGGAGUUCUCAGUCUGAAGUUUACUUUGACCAACCCGGCUGCCGGAGAAGAGAGGCCAAAGAGCGACAUCCCGUCUGGCUUGAUUCCGUCUCACAAGCAGAGCGUAGUACUUUUUCUAGAAAGGGUUUACGGCAUUGAACAUCAAGACCUGUUCUUCAGAAUUCUCGAGGAUGCAUUUUUGCCAGAUCUUCGUGCAGCGACUAUGCUCGACAGGAGUGACGGCCAAGAAUCUGAAAUGGCUCUUGCUAUGAAUCGUUACAUUGGAAAUUCGAUUCUUCCGUUGCUUAUAAAACACUCGCAGUUUUACGGCAAUGCUGACAAUUAUGCAAGUCUUUUGGAUGCAACACUGCACACUGUCUACAGGCUUUCAAAAAAUCGAAUGUUGACCAAAGGUCAAAGAGAAGCAGUUUCAGAUUUUCUUGUAGCUCUUACAAGCCAGUUGCAGCCAAGUAUGUUGCUUAAAUUGCUUCGAAAGUUGACUAUUGAUGUAUCUCAGCUUUCAGAGUACACUACAGUCGCUUUGAGGUUGUUGACUCUUCACUAUGAUCGUUGUGCCAAGUAUUACGGAUCUUCUGGAGGAUCAACCAACUCAAGCGAUGAGGAAAAGAGGCUGACGAUGAUUCUCUUCAGCAAUAUAUUCGAUUCAUUAUCAAAGAUGGAUUAUGAUCCUGAACUGUUUGGAAAAGCUCUGCCCUGCCUUUCUGCAAUUGGAUGUGCUCUCCCACCUGAUUAUUCUUUAUCUAAGAACUAUGAUGAUGAACUGUACGGCACUAAGAAUAUGGGACCUGUUGAUGGACCGUACAAUCCACAACCUAUUAACACAUCAUCAGUAUCACUUGAUAAUGAUAUGAACUCAAUUGUUCAGAAAUUUUCUGAACACUAUCAUGACGCGUGGGCUAGCAGAAAAAUGGAAAAUGGAUGGGUGCACGGUGAUCAAUGGUCUGACAGUUCAAAAACGCAUCCUCGUCUGAAACCAUACAAUAUGUUGAAUGAUUACGAAAAAGAAAGGUACAAAGAACCCGUAAGGGAAUCUCUUAAAGCACUAUUGGCCAUUGGAUGGACCAUAGAACACACUGAAGUCGACAUCCCGUCAAACAACAGAGGAAGCUCAGUGAGAAGACAGUCGAAAGGUGCCAUGGAUAGCGGCUCUCCUUUCAACUAUCAUCCAAAUCCUAUCGACAUGACAAAUCUUACACUCAGCAGGGAAAUGCAAAACAUGGCUGAACGUCUUGCAGAAAACUCACAUGACAUUUGGGCAAAAAAGAAAAAAGAAGAACUCACUACUUGCGGAGGAGCGAUUCAUCCUCAAUUAGUCCCAUAUGAUCUCCUUACUGACAAAGAAAAGAAAAAAGACAGGGAGAGGUCACAAGAAUUCCUCAAGUAUUUGCAGUACCAAGGCUUCAAGCUGCAUAAACCAAACCGAGGUGGUGGUGACAUUGAUCAACAAAUUGCAGCAGCAGCCACAGGCGAGUCCAGGUUUGCCUACAGUCUUCUGGAAAAGCUCAUCCAGUAUACGGACAAAGCUUCGAUCAACAUGAAAUUACUCAAGCCGUCCACGACUUUCAGUAGGCGGUCAAGUUUCAAAACGUGUACAAGAGACAUCAAAUUUUUCUUCAAGGUGGUGCUACUUCUUGUUGAGAAAUAUUUCAGCACACACAGAAGUUAUUUCAUUGCAAUUGCUACUGCCACAAACAAUAUUGGAGCAGCGUCGUUGAAAGAGAAGGAAAUGGUCGCGAGUCUUUUCUGUAAAUUGGCAAAUUUGUUAAGAACGAGGUUGUCCGCUUUUGGCCCAGAUGUUAGGAUAACUGUUAGGUGCCUUCAAGUUUUAGUGAAAGCCAUAGAUGCAAAGUCCUUGGUUAAAAACUGUCCCGAAUUUAUAAGAACUUCAAUGCUCACAUUUUUCAAUAACACCGCCGAUGACUUAGGCCAGACUAUCCAGUGCUUAACAGAUGGAAGGUACAGCCAUCUAAGAGGGACACAUCUCAAGACGUCAACUUCCUUGUUUUACAUAAAUGAUGUUGUGUUGCCUGUCUUGACAUCAAUGUUUGACCACCUUGCCGCUUGUGACUAUGGAAUUGAUUUGCUGCUUGAUGAAAUUCAAGUAGCAUCUUAUAAAAUGCUCGGAAGCCUUUACACACUCGGCAUAGACCCAACACUCACGCAUGAUAGGAAGUAUUUGAAGACAGAAAUUGAAAGGCAUAGACCUGCAAUCGGAAGUUGUCUGGGUGCUUUUUCAUCUACUUUCCCUGUCGCUUACCUCGAGCCUCACCUCAACAAACACAACCAGUACUCGUUGGUCAAUAGAAUCGCAGAUCAUUCCUUAGAAGCUCAAGAUGUACUAAACCGUAUGGAACAGACGAUGCCGACCCUGGACACGAUUCUUGCUGAAGUUGACCAGUUUGUCGAAUCUGAUAAGAGUCACAGCGCAGCACCUCAUGUCAUCGAUGUUAUCCUUCCACUUCUCUGUGCCUACCUUCCGGUCUGGUGGGUCCAAGGGCCAGAUAAUGUAUCCCUUACAGCUGGAAAUUAUGUUACAAUGGUAACAAGUGAACACAUGAAUAAGUUGCUUAAAAAUGUGCUGAAGUUGAUCAAAAGCAACAUUGGCAAUGAAAAUGCCCCAUGGAUGACAAGAAUUGCAGCCUUUACUCAGCAAAUUAUCAUAAAUUCUUCUGAGGAACUUCUCAAGGACCCUUUCCUACCUCUGACGCUCACUGUCAAAAAGCGUAUCGAUAGCAUGUGCCACAAGGAAGAAUCGCUGAGAGGAUUUUUAAAGUCCAGCGCAGAAGACACGUCUCAAGUUGAAGCUGAAAUUCAAGAAGAAUGGAACCUCAUUGUUAGAGACAUCUAUUCGUUUUAUCCUCUCCUGAUCAAGUACGUCGAUCUGCAGAGAAAUCACUGGCUCCGGAACAACAUACCCGAGGCUGAUGAGUUGUACAAUCACAUCGCGGAUAUAUUCAACAUCUGGUCAAAAUCGCAGUAUUUCUUGAAGGAAGAAAACAAUUUCAUUUCUGCCAACGAGAUAGAUAAUAUGGCAUUAAUCAUGCCUACUGCGACAAGAAGGACAGUUACAAUGUCUGAAGGUGCAGCACCGGCUGGUGGAAGUGGAAAAGCCAAGAAGAAAAAGAAGAACCGGGAUAAGAAAAGAGACAAGAACAAGGAACUUCAGGCCAGUUUAAUGGUUGCAGCUUUAAAACGGUUAUUACCUGUUGGUUUGAAUCUAUUUGCCGGAAGAGAACAAGAACUUGUUCAGCAUUGUAAAGACAGAUAUCUUAAAAAAUUACCCGAGUAUGAAAUAGUUGAUUUUGCGAAAACCCAGCUCACACUUCCUGACAAAAUUGAUCCAGGCGACGAGAUGUCUUGGCAACAUUACUUAUAUUCCAAGCUUGGCAAUAAAAAAGAAAUUAGCACAGAAAAGCCUCAACAAAUUGAUGAAGUCGUCGAUAGAAUUGUGGCCAUGGCAAAAGUUCUUUUCGGCCUGCACAUGAUUGACCAUCCACAACUGCAAAGUAAGCAACAGUAUCGAUCAUGUGUCUCGACACAAAGAAAGAGAGCCGUUAUUGCUUGUUUCCGUCAACUAUCUCUUCAUGCUCUUCCAAGGCAUAAAGUGGUGAACAUUUUUGCAAGAACGUACUGCGAUCUUUGGCUCCAAGAAGAAAAUAUUGGACAAGAAGUUAUGAUUGAAGAUUUGACUCAAUCGUUUGAAGACGCGGAGUUGAAGAAGCAGGAAAAAGAAGAAGAAGAAGGCAAGCCAGACCCAUUGACGCAACUUGUAACAACUUUCUGCAGAGGUGCCAUGACAGAAAGAAGUGGAGCGCUUCAAGAAGACCCACUGUACAUGUCAUACGCUGAAAUCACUGCAAAAUCUUGUGGUGAAGAAGAGGAAGAAGGAGGUGGCGAUGAAGAAGGCGGAGAAGAAGAAGGAGGCGCUUCUAUUCAUGAACAAGAAAUGGAAAAGCAGAAAUUGCUAUUUCACCAAGCAAGGCUGGCGAACAGAGGAGUCGCCGAGAUGGUUCUUCUCCACAUUUCAGCCUGCAAAGGAGUACCAAGUGAAAUGGUGCAGAAAACGUUGAAUCUAGGAAUUUCAGUGCUUAGAGGAGGCAACCUUGAUAUACAAAUGGGCAUGUUGAAUCAUUUGAAGGAGAAAAAAGAUGUAGGAUUUUUCACAUCCAUUGCCGGAUUAAUGAACUCAUGCAGUGUCUUGGAUCUAGAUGCUUUUGAAAGAAACACCAAAGCUGAGGGUCUUGGAGUCGGAUCAGAAGGUGCUGCAGGUGAGAAAAAUAUGCACGAUGCUGAAUUCACCUGCACCCUUUUCCGGUUCAUCCAACUCACCUGUGAAGGCCAUAAUCUUGAAUGGCAAAAUUAUCUCAGGACACAAGCAGGAAAUACGACGACAGUCAAUGUUGUUAUUUGCACAGUAGAUUAUCUUCUUCGCCUCCAGGAAUCAAUCAUGGAUUUCUAUUGGCACUACUCGAGCAAAGAGCUCAUUGAUCCUGCCGGAAAAGCAAACUUCUUCAAAGCUAUCGGUGUGGCAAGUCAAGUGUUCAACACACUGUCUGAAGUCAUCCAGGGGCCUUGUACCCAAAAUCAGCAGGCGCUGGCACAUUCCAGGCUGUGGGAUGCUGUUGGUGGUUUCCUCUUCCUCUUUUCGCACAUGCAGGACAAACUCUCAAAGCACACUAGUCAGGUCGACCUUCUUAAAGAGUUGCUCAACCUUCAGAAGGACAUGAUCACCAUGAUGCUGUCCAUGCUUGAAGGAAAUGUCGUCAAUGGAACGAUUGGAAAACAGAUGGUUGACACCUUGGUUGAAUCCGCAUCCAAUGUUGAGUUGAUUUUGAAAUACUUUGACAUGUUCCUUAAACUGGCUGACCUCACAAGUUCUCCCAGUUUUCUGGAAUUGGAUCCAAAUCAUGAAGGUUGGGUUAUGCCUAAAGACUUCAAAGAAAAAAUGGAACAACAGAAGAGCUACACUCCGGAAGAGAUCGAAUUUAUGCUUCAGUGCUGUGAGACAAAUCAUGAUGGCAAACUCGACUAUGUCGGAUUCACAGAAAGAUUCCAUGAGCCGUCAAAAGAAAUUGGUUUUAAUCUUGCAGUGCUUCUUACAAAUUUAUCUGAACACAUGCCAAAUGAGCCUAGAUUGGCCCGGUUUUUGGAGACAGCUGGUAGUGUACUGAACUACUUUGAGCCAUUCCUCGGUCGCAUUGAAAUCAUGGGUAGCAGCAAACGUAUUGAGAGGGUAUAUUUUGAGAUCAAAGAAUCCAACAUCGAGCAGUGGGAGAAGCCGCAGAUCAAAGAAUCAAAGAGAGCGUUUUUCUAUUCAAUUGUCACUGAGGGAGGAGACAAAGAGAAGCUAGAGGCAUUCGUUAACUUUUGUGAAGAUGCCAUUUUUGAAAUGACUCAUGCCAGUGGCUUGAUGGCUGUUGAUGAUGGCUCUGGUGGAGGAGGAGAACGACGGAAAACAUCUUAUUCUUAUAUCGGUGAUGAAGAUGAAGAAAGGUGCGUUUACAUUUUUCUUUUAUUUAAAAAAAAAAAAUUUCUUUUUUUGAUAUAUAUUUUUUUUAAUAGAAAAUCUCCUCUGAAGCGAGCUUGGCAGACGAUUAAAGACGGUGUAGGUGCAUUCUUUUCAAUGCUGUCGCCUGCAAAUAUCAAGGCAAAAAUUGCAGAAAUGCAACAGAUGACUGUGUUGGAACUUGUUGUCGCCUUUUUCAAGUUGUACUUUUACGCUUUCUACUAUUCUGGUUAUGGCGUGUCAUUAGUUCUCAAGUAUAUCGGUGGUAUCAUUUAUUCGCUUAUGUCUGGCCCGCAAGCAGAAGAACCUGUAGUUGAGGUGAAAGAGGAAGAAAAACAUCACUUGCGGCUCAUGCCAGCACUACCUCCUGCAGAAGAAAGUCCUCCACCAGCGCCAGACGUUCCCAAAGAAGGGAGUCAACCGCCAAAAGCAAUUGAAGGGAGAGGAGAAGGCACAGAAGAAGGUGGCGAGAAGACAGAUGAAGGAGAAAAAUCGGAAGUGGUCCCUGAGCAACAAAUUACUCUUGCUGAUAUCUUGGGUGGUGAGGCAGCUCGGAAAGAAGCGGCUCAAACGGCAGAAGUCGUUGCCCAACAAGAAGCAGUUAUGGCUGCAUUUGAUGCCGAAUCGAAACAAGAAAAAGUUAGCAGUGAACCUUCUGCAGUAUCACAGAUUGAUUUCAACAAAUAUACUCACAGGGCUGUCAGCUUUCUUGCUCGCAACUUUUACAAUUUGAAAUACGUUGCUCUUGUUUUGGCCUUCUGCAUCAAUUUCAUUUUACUUUUCUACAAGGUGACAACGUUAGGAGAGGAUGAAGAUGAUGGUGGAAGUGGAGCUGCUUCUGCGGCCAAAUCAAUGGAGGAACUUUUAGUCGAAUUAAGCGGAGAGGCGAAAAGCGGUGAAGUGGAAAAUGUCAGUGGAGUAGGAAGUGAUGGGGGUGGUAGCGGCGAAGAAGACGAAGACCCACUUGAGCUUGUUCAUGUCAACGAAGAUUUCUUUUACAUGGAGCAUGUCAUGAGGCUAGCUGCUCUUCUCCACUCUUUGGUAUCACUCGCUAUGCUAAUAGCUUACUAUCAUCUCAAAGUACCUUUGGCCAUAUUUAAAAGGGAAAAGGAAAUCGCGAGAAGGCUGGAAUUUGAUGGCCUUUUCAUUGCCGAACAGCCAGAAGACGACGAUAUAAAAUCACAUUGGGAUAAACUCGUCAUUUCUGCUAAAUCAUUUCCUGUAAACUACUGGGAUAAAUUUGUAAAGAAGAAGGUCAGACAGAAGUACAGCGAAACUUAUGAUUUUGAUUCAAUAAGCAAUCUUCUCGGAAUGGAAAAAACAUCAUUCAGCUCACAAGAAGAAGAAGGAUCAGGAUUUGUACACUUCAUUUUGAAUAUUGACUGGAGAUAUCAAUUAUGGAAAGCAGGAGUCACGAUCACUGAUAAUGCCUUCCUGUACAGUUUUUUCUACUUCAUUUUCUCAAUCCUUGGCAACUUCAAUAACUUUUUCUUUGCUGCUCACUUGCUCGAUGUUGCUGUUGGAUUUAAGACACUGCGUACGAUCUUGCAGUCUGUAACGCACAAUGGAAAACAGCUUGUCCUCACAGUCAUGUUGUUGACGAUUAUCGUAUAUAUCUAUACUGUGAUAGCUUUCAACUUCUUCAGAAAAUUCUAUGUCCAAGAAGAGGAGGACGAAGUAGACAAAAAAUGUCACGAUAUGAUGACUUGUUUUGUCUUCCAUUUAUACAAAGGUGUAAGAGCCGGUGGUGGUAUUGGUGAUGAAAUUGAGCCCCCUGAUGGCGAUGAUUAUGAAGUUUAUAGAAUCAUGUUCGACAUCACAUUCUUCUUCUUCGUUAUUGUCAUUCUUUUGGCUAUUAUUCAGGGUUUGAUCAUUGAUGCUUUUGGAGAGCUAAGAGAUCAACUGGAGAGUGUUAAAGAAGACAUGGAAUCCAACUGCUUCAUAUGCGGCAUAGGAAAGGAUUAUUUUGAUAAAGUACCACACGGUUUUGACACUCACGUCCAGCAGGAGCAUAAUUUGGCAAAUUACAUGUUCUUUCUUAUGCAUCUAAUCAACAAACCGGAUACUGAAUAUACAGGCCAAGAGACAUACGUUUGGAACAUGUAUCAACAGAGAUGUUGGGACUUCUUCCCAGUCGGAGACUGUUUCAGGAAGCAAUAUGAAGAUGAAUUGGGUGGCGGUGGUGGAUAACGUGACAAAUAGCAGACAGAAAUUGUAAAAAUCAAAAUUUUACUGUUCCAUUGGUACCUUAAUAAAAAAAAAUUAUUCUUUUCCUUUUUUUAAAUAUUUGAAAUAAAUGAUUCUCAGUAGGACAAAAAACAAUAUCACAAAUGUAAAUUUACAGAAAAAAUAAUGAAGUUUAAGAAAACUUCAUUUAGAUCAAGUAAAGAUGUAAAUAAAAAAAAUUAUUGUAAAUUUUGUGGCCUUAUAAUUAAUGUCAUACAGUUUGUUUAGUUAUCCACCAAUUGGAAAAGCUUAAAAUCUAUUAAAAAGUUGCCUUCAACAGAAUUUUUGUUUUUUCUUUUUUUCAUU